UAACUGUGGAGCUUUUUUGUGUAAAGAUUACAUCAGAAAAAGGACAGGGUAUCUUCACUGAAGAUGGAUGAGGACAGAAAGGACACGACUGAAAGAAUUUUGGACCUUACCCUAGAGAUAAUCUGUUUGCUGACUGGAGAGGAAUACAUUGUUGCAAGGAUAUCGGGAGAGCCUGGAACAUCCUGGAGUAGCCCCUAUAUUCUUAAAGGAUGGACCAAAACCCAAAAUACAAUGCACAGGUUGCCUCAAGCUUCCUCUCUAAUGUAUGAUAGAAGCAAUGUUCAGAAGAUCCUAGAACUCACCAACAAGAUCAUUGAGCUGCUGACUAGAGAGGUUCUUAUAAGGAGUCAGGAUGUCGCUGUCUAUCUAUCCAUGGAGGAGUGGGAGUAUAUAGAAGAACACAAGGAUCUGUACAAGGACAUCACAAUGGAGAAUCACCAGCCUCAAACAUCACCAAAUGUUCCAGGUAAAUCGACCUCCAGUAUGAAGCAAGAAUCUGCCUUGUGUGAUGGAGGAAAUGUCAUCGACCCUGGGGAUGGAGGAAAGGUCAUAGACUUUGAUAUGCAUGUACCCAAUAAUAAUGCUCAAGAUCUGUUUUCUUGUAUUCAGGAGGAAACUGCCUCAUAUCAUGGAGGAGAUUUUGGAAACGCUGAAUCGCCUCCUGAUCAAAUAUCUUAUAACACUGCACAAAAAAAGGAAGAAUCAAUCUCAUGUGAGGAAGAUAAUAUCACCGAAUCUAAUUCUGUUAUACUCCUAAAUCAAACAGAUCAAUAUCAAGCCCCUCAUAUUCCAGUGAGAGCACUCUCAUAUGCAAAAGAAAAUGUGGCCCAUGCUGACGUGUAUACAACUAUCUCUCAAAUGCAAUAUUUUAAAGCUCGAAGUAUGGAAGAAUUUUAUCCUCUUUCAAAACAUUUCCAAAAUACAGCUGCUAAAAUAAAGGAACUUACAAAGAACGGUAGGAUCCACCAGCCCAAGCAAAAAGCCUUUGCGUGUUCAGAAUGCGGCAAGUGUUUCAAAUGUAAUGCUAAGCUUACCAUCCACUUACGAAUUCACACAGGUGAAAAGCCAUAUUCUUGCACUAUUUGCGGGAAAGGGUUUGCGAGUAGCUCCAAUCUGAUCAAACACAAGCGAAUCCACACAGGAGAGAAACCAUUUUCCUGCUCAACCUGCGGGAAGAGUUUCACCAACACGUCAGAUCUUGUGAAACAUCAAAGAGUUCAUACAGGAGAGAAACCAUUUUGUUGUUCUGAAUGCGGGAAAUACUUUCUCUGUAGCUCAAACUUAGCUGCUCACCAGAGAAGCCACACAGGAGAGAAGCCAUAUUCUUGUUUUGAGUGUGGGGAAAAAUUUAUCAGUAGCUCUCAUCUUGUUACACAUCAAAGAACUCACACAGGGGAGAAGCCAUAUUCUUGUCCAACUUGUGGAAAAUGUUUUACAAAUGCUUCGGACCUCUCCAAACAUCAAAGGCUUCACAGGAAAGAGAAACCAUAUUCCUGUGUGGACUGUGAGAAAAGUUUUAAAAGUACCUCUGACUUGGCUAAACACAAAAUGGUUCAUACAAAGGAAAGGCCGUAUGCAUGUAAACAGUGUGAAAAAUGCUUUCAAAGAAGGUCUCAGCUGUUGAAGCAUCAGACAACUCACAACAAAGACAUGGUAUUGUAG